GACAGUUGACGUUUGACUUUUGUUUUGCUUGCGCGAUCCGAAUCAAGGCUGGAUUUAUCGGCAGCAAAAUAAGCCAAAAACUUCUAUACUUUCCAACGAUUUGUGAUGUGAUAACCGAAGCUUAAACUAUCCAGAAACAAUGGGUAUAACGGUCAUCGAGAUAAUUGCAACGAUACUACUAAAUCUCAUACAUUGCACGAACACGGAGCACAUCCUGUCCUGCAAUACGAGCAGUUUAGAGCCGUGUCCGGGUAAGAACGAAGUAUGUAAAUACGAUCAGUGCGUAUGCCCUGAUGACUUAGUGAGGGAGGGUGAAGAUUGCUUGUUCCCAACCCCCGAUUCGGCUGCUAGUCACGACGUCACUGCUGCUAUUGUAUCCAUCUUUACUAUAGCGCUUGUUAUCGUCGGUCUAGUAUUAGUAAUAAGGAAAUACAAUUUAAUUGAGUAUGUAAGGCAGAAGAUUGACUUGAGAAGAAACAACGAUGUUAUGUAUGAAGACGUUAUGAUAGGGCAAGAUGAUCCCCCAUUAAGUCCUUAGUCUAGUAAAGAUAAGCUUUUCUAAUGUUUUACAAGGCAAAUUCAGAAAUGUAAAUAAUAUUGUUGA